AUGGACAAGAAAACGAAUUACAAGCUGUGCGAACGCAACGUGGAUCUCCUUAAUGAUCUGGAGUUCGUGGACAAACUGGUUAAGGACCUUGGAUUGGAGGCGGAACCACAGGCUCGUGGCGUUAUCCUAGAUCUGGCUUACACUUUGGCAAGGGACAAACUGGUGGAGGCCAAACGCUUCGCCACGCUGGCGAACCGUUCCACCGUGAGUGCCGAGGAUCUGGAGAUGGCGCAGCUGGAGCGGACCGACGAGCCGAAGGGGGAAUCCGGCCAGCAGGCGCAGAAGGUCCUGGCUCCCAACCAGGAGUCUCCGCCCAUGCCGAGUACGAGCCGGGGACUAUCGCUGCCCACCAGGCGCCACUGUCAGGUGGGCAAGAUGGCCAAUCUGAAGGACAAGGGCUUUGAUCAAGCUCAAACGAAGCCGAAGACCGGAGGGCCAUCCAAUCCUUUGGCACUUGGUGCUGCGCUUUCGGGUGCUAGCAGCUCUAGCUCUCGUUCGGUUCCAAGUUCUUCUACUUCCGCUGCUGGUCCACCAGGAGCCGGUCCCCCGGUCUUUAAAAAACCACGUAUCCCAAAGUAGGGUUACCAAGAAUGAGUAGACUAUGAA